AUGUUACGUCAUACGACAAAAAUAAAAACAAUCUACUUCCUCCAGUUGACCGUUAUAUUAACCGAUAUUCACCGGAGUACCACGUCGCUUGGUGGAGAAAAUAAUAAAUACCGCUUCCUUCCCGCCCAAAACAUAUUACCGCUUCCUUCCCGCCCAAAACAUAUUACCUAUCCAGACAGGAUUGAAUCGAAUUUCGACGUUGAGGAGGCGAAACAAUGUGUCGGGUGGCUACAGAGAGUUGCUGGAGACAGUGUUCCUAUUGAAUUUCCCGAGGAGAGACGCAAGGCCAUGGACGUCUUCUAUAACUCCUUGAAAGACGGCAUGUUGCUUAUUCACGGUGUGAAUUCUGCACUUGCCCCUGAUCAGAAAUUGGAUUUGAGCAAGAAAACCUUUCAACUUACAGACAAUGAAAUAUUUAAGACAUCUCGGGAAAGGGAGAGAAUUGAUAUCUUCUUGAACAAAUGUCUUGAUGUCGGUGUUUCAGAGCCGACCUUAUUCCAAAUUGACUGUCUUUACGAACGUACGAAUCUCCCACAAGUCAUGGGGACAAUACGCUGUCUUGGAAUCGAAGCCCAAACAAAACCAUGGUAUGAGGGUCCACAGGCGUGGCCGAAGAAAUCAAGUGAACUGAUUGAAAAAUUAUCUAGGAAGCCACAAAAACAAAAACGAGCCCCAGGUCUUGAUAUAGGAAUAGAAUUCAACAGAAGCAAGGUACCUGGUGGUCCACCUGCUCCCACUCCUGCUCCGGCUCGCGCUCACGUUGCGCAUGUGGAACCUGAAUCCGAGCCGGUGGCAGUCGUGGAUGAUUCAAUGAACGACAGCGAAUACAGCAUCGGUCCAAUAUCUAUUUACUCUUUUUUUCUCUCCCUCUCUCUUUCUCUUUCUCUCUCUCUCUCUCUCUCUCUUUCAGUCUAUCUAUCUAUCUCAGUCUGUUUCUUGAUUUCGUUCUUCUUUUUCUUUCUUUCUUUUUUCUUUCUUUCUUUUUUUCUUCCAUUUUUUCUUUCUUUCUUUCUGAUUUUCACCUGA